GGGCUGCGGUACCCCCUGGCCCAGUCUCUGCUUCUUGGGCAUCCUAGGGAUGCGAUGUGAUGUGCGUCAUGAACAGGGGCCUGCAGCCCCAGAGCCCUCGGGGACCCCGUCUCCGAACCUCACCCCACCACGUUUCUGUUAGGGCAGAGGCUGCGAGUCUCCUUAAGCAUUGAAAGAAACCCAGGUCUAGGCAGAGGAGGUCAUCGUACCCUAUGGGUGUCUCCCUGUUGGCCGGUGAAGAUGCACAGAGCAGAACGGCAGGUCUGCAGCUGCCGGUUGUGCCUACUCUGGCCCUGUCUUGCCCCAAGGCCUCCUGCAGCUCCUUUGGCCCAGGCCAGAUGCCACGCACGUCCCAGCCUGCCCCUUGAGGAUUUGCACCCUCCCUGCCCCUCCCAUGUGCCCCAGAGCUGGCCCUCCUGCCUCUGCCAUGGCCUCAUCAGCUUCCUGGGGUUCUUGCUGCUGCUGCUCACCUUCCCCAUUUCUGGCUGGUUUGCUCUAAAGAUUGUGCCCACCUAUGAGCGGAUGAUCGUGUUCCCUCUGGGCCGCAUCCGCAACCCCCAGGGGCCUGGCAUGGUUCUGCUCCUACCUUUCAUCGACUCCUUUCAGAGAGUGGAUCUGAGAACACGAGCCUUCAAUGUCCCUCCUUGCAAGCUGGCCUCCAAGGACGGGGCUGUGCUGUCCGUUGGGGCCGACGUCCAGUUCCGCAUCUGGGACCCGGUGCUGUCGGUGAUGACUGUGAAGGACCUGAACAUGGCCACGCGCAUGACGGCCCAGAACGCCAUGACCAAGGCCUUGCUCCGGAGGCCACUGCGGGAGAUCCAGAUGGAGAAGCCCAAGAUCAGCGAGCAGCUCCUGCUGGAAAUCAACGAGGUGACUAGGGCCUGGGGGCUGGAGGUAGACCGCGUGGAGCUGGCAGUAGAGGCUGUGCUACAGCCGCCCCAGGACAGCCCAGCUGGACUCAGCCUGGACAGCACCCUGCAGCAGCUGGCCCUGCACCUGCUGGGUGGAGGCCUGAACUCGAAGGCAGGAGGCGCACCGCUCCCAGGGCCAGCGCUGCCUGCCACCCCGGUGGACACCUUGGAGAUGGUGAGCGAGGUUGAGCCGGCUGCUGUCCAUGCCGAGGCCUGGGCCGGGCCCAGCCCGAAGCAGCCAUUGGCCGAGGGGCUGCUGAUGGCCCUGCAGCCCUUCCUGUCUGAGGUCCUGGUCAGCCAGGUUGGCGCCUGCUACCAGUUCAACAUUGUCCUGCCCGGGGGUGCCCAGAGCACCUACUUCCUGGACCUCACUACAGGCCAAGGCAGGGUGGGUCGCGGGGUGCCUGACCACAUCCCUGACGUGGUGGUGGAGAUGGCCGAGGCUGACCUGCAGGCCCUGCUGUGCAGGGAGCUUCGGCCCCUGGGUGCCUACAUGAGCGGGCGGCUGCAGGUGAAGGGCGAUCUGGCUGUGGCCAUGAAGCUGGAGGCUGUGCUCCGGACCCUGAAGUAGCAGCUACCAAGGGCCACCUGUCUCCCAGCCCGAGCUGGCACUGGGCCGGCGGGCUUCUUGGAGGAGGACGGUGGAGGCCCAGCCAGGAGCUCUGGUGCAAGUGGGAGGGGCCGCCCUGCGCAUCUGUCCUGUGGUGGCCCCUGGGCAGGCUCUGACCCCCUGCCCCCGUCUCUAGCCAAGUGCCCAGCCAGCUAGGAACAGUCUGAUGCCACCUGGCCUGGGCCUGGGCCUGGGCCUGCAGGAGGGACUGAAGCAUGUGGGCCCAAGUGUGUGAGCAGGGACCAGAGGGGGUGGGGAGGGCGGCAGCCCCAGGAAGAAGUUGCUGCUGCCCGUAGGUCGGCUCUGCCCACCCCCAGCAGUCCAGGCCUGGCUGGUAUGGGAGGAUGCGGGACAGCGGGGCUGCCGCUGACACUCUGUGCUGUGUACCUGAUGUGGGGCCCAGGGCAGCUCAUGGGGCCCUGAUGUUCGUGCUUCUUCCAAGUCCCACGCCUGUGAUCAAUAAACGUGGUGUUCACAGUGUG